UCCCGGAGGACCUCCGCCCACCACCCCCGCUCCUUCCCGAGGCCCGCCUGGAGCAUGCCGCCUGCAGCCAUGAACGGCCUGGGCCUGGUGCUGCUGGCCGCCCUGCUGUGCUCUGCGCCCGCUCACGGCCUGUGGUGCCAGGACUGCACCCUGACCACCAACUCGAGCCACUGCACCCCGAAGCAGUGCCAGCCGUCGGACACGGUGUGCGCCAGCGUCCGGAUCACCGACCCCGGCAGCAGCAGGAAGGACCAUUCCGUGAACAAGAUGUGCGCCUCGUCCUGCGACUUCGUUAAGCGGCACUUCUUCUCGGACUAUCUGAUGGGCUUCAUUAACUCUGGGAUCUUACAAGUCGAUGUGGACUGCUGCGGGACGGAUCUGUGCAACGGGGGGCCGAGGGCGGGGGGUGGCCCCUGGGCCCUGGCCGGGGGGCUGCUGCUCAGCCUGGGGCCGGCCCUCCUCUGGGCUGGGCCCUGAGGCCCUCCCCCUCCCACAGGGCUUCCAGCUGACCCCCCCUCCCUGAGACUCGAGGCCUCCCUCUCUCGCCGCCAGCUCCGAGUCCCAGCCGGCAGGAUGUCUCCGGGCCCCGGGGGUGCAGGCAGGGGGCUGGGACCCCCAGGUCUCCGAGGGAAAGGCAGGCAGAGCCAGGCCCAGCCCCACAGCCUGGCUGUGAGGGCGUCUUCCGCGGAGAAAUAAAGUCGCUUCUGGUCCA